AUGGCCAAAAGUUCCGGCAGGACAGGUCGCAAAGAAGCUUGGAGCAUCGUCACUUACAUGGAAAUUGUGAAAUCGACCAGCAAGACCAAGCGGACGGACCGGGACCAGUUGAUGUGGCGCUUGCAGGCGAUCGAUUUUUGGAAAUCCCUCCCAGGCGGGGGACUCAGCCACGCACAGGCUGAAAAGAAGUGGAAUGGCCUCGAGGAAACGUAUCAGGAGCUGAACCUUGAACAUGACCAUGAGGGUCCGCCUGGAGAGGCUCUCCGCUUACCUGUUUCUGUGGCAACGUUUGUUGACAUCAGCAAUGCGGUUUCCAGAACAAAGCAAGUUGUCAGCACUGGCAAGAGCAUCAAGAAAGGGACCAAUGAGGAUGCGGCAAAUUUGGCACGCAACCUCAACGUCCAUCAUGAUCGCAUUGCUGGAGCUUCCUCCUUUAAGGAGAUGGCCGCUCAGGUGGCUACAUCCUCAGCUGGCCAGGAAGGCAUCGAUGCAUUACUCAGCAAUGUGAAGGACCUGGUUCUCCCAGACAUGAUGCCUGCUACCAAAGAAGAGAAUGAUGAGGAGAUGGAAGAGGACGAGGAACAGGAGGAAGCUGUGCAAGGCAAGAACAAGCGGAAGAAGGGUUCGUGGUUUGAUCGCGACCGUGAAGUCAACAAGGCUCACAAGUUGCUACAAAAGGACAGGAACAAGUCGAAGGGGGCUGCUGCCAAGUUGGUCACAGACUGGGAAGCAGUUCUCAAAGACGUGAGCUCCCUUCCCCCAGAGUCAGCUUGUCAGUUGGAUGGUGAGCAGCGAAUUGCCCGAACCAGGAUUACAUGCUUGCAAGCCUUGCUGCAGCCAGAGGAGAAGCUGCAGGAACACUUGGCUUCAUACGGCCAGGAAGCCCCGCAGCGCAGCUCUGCCUCUGUUGUAACAGCGGAGGUUGCCAAGCAACUUGGAAAUGCACCGCCCUGCCAGUCCUACCUCAAGUUGCGCAGCUUUGAGUUUUGGGAAACCGAGCUCAACAAGGUGAUGGAGUGCGCCGACCAGGAUGGGGUCGAAGCUAUCAAGCUAGAGUGCAAUGGUAUCAGGGGCACUGUGGGAGAGCUCCUUGGUGCCAGUCGAAGCGCCCUCAGUGAUGUUUGCCGUGGCGUCAAGGCAGCCAAGACGGCGAUUGCGCAACGAGCAGCCAAGAAGCAAGCCCAGAGGCAAAACAUGCAAACUCCGGGCAGGCUCUUCAGCCUUGCAGAUCGCUGCACUCAGGUCCCCGUAGCCCAGGAAGCAGUGUUGGAGGGUGAGGACCUUGACCGUCCGUUGCUGAUUAAGCUCCUUGCUUGGGAGGAGGAUAAAGUUGGCAAGUCGCCAGUGGUUAUGCAGUUCAUGCAUUCUGAGUUCAAAGAGCAGUUCGCAAACCAAAACCCUGCCCAUCGGUUGGACCGAGCCUUCAAGAAGCUGCCUGCGGGCGAGGUCAAAGUGUUUGUUUCUGGAAGGGCCACUGCGAUUUUUUCCUUUGUGCAAGCUUCCAGACAACACUCCACCGGACAUCAUGGCUAA